UGAUUAAGGUCAAGCGCGAGAGUAAGAACUACACAAGGAGUUAGAGUACCUUAGCAAAACUUUGCUAUCAGGUUGAGCUGUGAUGGGCGAUGAAGUGUUGUUGCUGAGUGGAGUUUUUGUUGAACUUAAAGUAGGCUCAGAAAGGAUACAUGUCUUCAUACAUGUAUCUCAGUUAUGUAUUCCGCUGUAAACACUGAUUAUUUCAGUUACGCCUUCCGUUGCAAACUCUGAUAAUAUUUUAGCCAAGCCCCUAACGAUGCCUUUUCCUUUUAAGGAAUAUUUCACGCGUAUCCAAGCUCUUUGAGUAUUCUUUUAUGCACCCCUUUCUAAACCCGCUUCUUAAUUUCCCUUCCCCAGUCAUGGUUUUCCCGGAUUAAUUAUCUUUAAUUAAGGCCGGUCGUGACAGAGUGGUAUCAGAGCAGUUCGUUUGCUCUGAGCCUAAGAGUUUAUUUAAGCCAAACUUAGAAUGGAUCACUAAAGUGUCUAGAGUUCAAUCGACAAAGCUCAGCACUUCAUCGCAUCACACUCAACGAAGCAGAAUGGUAAGCUAUUCCAAGUUUUGAGUUAAUGUUUACAAAAAGUGAGAACUAUCGUAAUAACAAAGUGAGUAACUGUCAAUAGCUUUGUUAUGUUGUUAUUGAAUGAAAUGAUUUACGCAAGCGCGAUUAAGUAUGCCUAUGGAAUGAAUCCAUAUGAACAUAGAGCUAUUAAGUUAUGAGAUCACCACUACUACAGAACAUAGAAGCAAACAUAGAAGAAAUUAGAUUGUAUCUUUUGGUGGCUAUAGUGAAGGCAGCAAGAUAAGUGAUGCGUAUAGAAUAAUUUUUAAGCUCAUGAUUUUAUAGCCGCUAUAAAUCUCCAUGACUUAUGCCUAAGUAUCCAAUUUAGAUGAUGAGAUAUUAUAUGUUUAAGAAUUGAUAUGACUCAUGGAUAUGAGAUGCUAAGGACCCUUAGAGCUUACUACAUCAAUGUUGUCAUUGGAGUUAUGACUUGUUUACAAGUUAUAAUAAGUUAACAUGUACAAGAAUUCUUUUGAGGCUUGUAUUAGAUUAUACUAGAGUGUGCUAAUUGACACAUCCCUGCUAUCAGAAUGCCGCCUAAGAGAGGACGCCAUGCGAGAAACAAUAACAAUCGCAGAAACCGUAACGCUGUACCCGAAGAACCACAAGAUGCUCGAGGACAUAACCCAUGCCCUCCGCCCCCAACUAGGAGAGUCGAAGAACUCUUUUUAAGGCAAAAUCCACCUACGUUUGACGGAACGAGUGAACCGGCUGAAGCUGAGAUUUGGGUGCGUGCAAUGGAACGCAUUUUCAAUUUUCUACGUUGUACUGAUGAGGAACGCCUAUCUUGCGUCUCAUUCCAACUAACAGGAUCGGCUGACUUCUGGUGGGAAGCACGACGAAAAAUUCUGACACCUGAACAAUGGGCAAGUUAUACUUGGGAAGAUUUUAAGACAGGAUUAUAUGAUAAAUAUAUUCCGAAAAGCUAUAGGAAGAAGAAAGAAGCUGAGUUCUACGAGUUAAAGCAAGGAAAGAAAUCUGUGGUUGAAUACGACAAGGAAUUCUGCAACCUGUCUAGGUUUGCUCCGCAACAAGUGGACACAGAUGAGAAGAUGGCAGAGAAAUUUUGUGCCGGUCUGCGACACGAAAUUAGGAUGACUCUAGCGAGCCACGGAGGACUCUCAUAUACGGAGUCUCUGAACAGGGCACUUGACAUUGAAGCUGCAAUGCCGUCAGACAAGUCAGCCCCACCAUUGAUCUCAACGCCAAACGACUUACUAGGAGCCUCACAUACUCUCAAAAGGAAGCGCAAGUGGGACAGCAACAAAGACAAUAUCAAUCAGACUAGUAAGAAAGUGUGGCAAGAAAAGGAACGGGCUGAACAGUUUAUUCAACCAAGGUACGAGGCACAGACUAACCUCGAGCCAACUAGAGGUAACCAAGGUCAGAAAGGAAUUUCACCUUGCCCAAAUUGCGGUAAGAUGCAUAGGGGUAUCUGUCGGGCUGGAACUAACGGUUGUUACAAUUGUGGCCAAAAAGGUCACUACUCCACGCAAUGCCCCAACAAACAACGAGGUUCAACAAUUGAGAACACCCACACCCCCUUGUCAGCAAUACGUGGACACUUGCGAAAUCAGCCUCAAUCACAUCAGUUAAAAUCUUAUGGAGACACCGCAGACAAGAGAAGCUACGCGGGAACUUGAAGACGAGGUGAAGGAAAAAUACCCCAAACUGUUUUAGCAGAGAUAUGCAAAUUUCGGGACGAAAUUUUUGUUAAGAGGGGUAGUAUGUAGUAGCCCGCUCUUUUAUUUAUGAUUAAAACUAGUAAAUGCAAUUUUUAUAAAUGAAUCCAGUUUAUGGAUCUGAUUUUUUUUUAUCAGAAACGGAGUUAUUAUUUUAGCUUUAUACUUUUAUAACGUAUAAAAAAAA